UCCCAACAUGCACUUUUGUAUGUCCUCCUCAUUCAUUAAGUUCACUUUUUUAUGCUUUCAAGUUUUAAACUUAAACUUCCUUGGAAAUGGGGUCUGCAGAUUUUUGUUCCUUCUCUUCUUCCCUCUAUAAAUUAAAUUGGCUUUGCUUCUGAUGAGCCACAAGCUGUUUCUGGGUUCUGCAGAUUAUCCUUCUUUGACUGAUUCGAAGAAUUAAUGGGUGAUGUCUAUAUUGAAAAUGAAAUAUCUGAAAUGCCUCUCGCAAUCUAAUAUAGGUCCUUGAAUCAGGCCUAUAAUGAUACUGUGUGGAACACAAGUCUUCUUUUUGAUAGUCUGGAAUUCUACUCAUCAAUGGAUGACAUUUUCAGCCGUCUAUUGACACUGGCUAGUUAUAUAAGUCGUCGAUUUAUUCAAUUUAUAGAGGAUCUUGCGGUCAGAGAUGCUGAUAGAUACUCAGAUGAUUUGCUGGUCAUUUCUGCUGGACAGCAUUUAAGAUCAUUGAGACAAGGCAUUUGUAAAUCAUUUUCUGAAGGUUGUUCAUCAUCUUCAAAACCUUGUAACCCUGAAACCUGUGAAAGAAGAGCCUCGGAGCCUACGGAAGAUACAAGAUCUGAAAUUGUAGAAACCAAUUUCAAUUAUACAGAUGUCCCCUUCAUUUUUGAAGGGUUGACACUACCAUUACACGGUUUACAAUUUGCUUGGAGAUUGGCAAUUUCUUGUUGGAGAAGUUCUGUCGUGUACGUUAGAUGUGCUCAUCUUCGAAUUUGUAGCCUGGCAUCUAGAGUACAGAAAACAUUGCAAGGUUCAUCUCACGAUAUUGGAUGGUUGCCGCACACUCCUGGCAUGCCUGGUGUGGAGGAUGGUACAGCAAGAUUCUUGGAAUUGCUCGCAGGAAUAAGGAAUGGGGAGCACACAUUGCCUAGCUCAUUUGUCUAUCUGCUUAUUCCGGGCCUCUUUAGCAAUCACGGCCCCUUAUACUUUGUUGGAACAAAGAAAUUCUUUUCGAAGAUGGGUCUAGCUUGCCAUAUUGCAAAAAUUCACAGUGAGGCAUCUGUUGAGCACAAUGCAUUGGAACUCAAGCAAUACAUCGAGGAGCUUUACUGGGGAUCCGGUAAGCGAGUGAUGCUGCUGGGGCACAGCAAGGGCGGCGUUGAUGCUGCAGCUGCAUUGUCAAUCUACUGGUGUGAUUUGAAAGACAAAGUUGCUGGUUUAGCACUGGUACAGAGCCCCUAUGGUGGCACUCCCUUGGCUUCUGAUAUUCUUCGUGAAGGCCAAAUUGCGGACAAAGAAACCCGCAGGAUCAUGGAACUUUUGAUAUGCAAGCUAAUUAAGGGUGACAUUCGGGCACUGGAGGAUCUUACUUAUGAGAAGCGAAAGGAGUUCAUCAUGAAGCACAAGCUGCCAUAUGAGCAAAUUCCUCUGGUUUCCUUCCACUCUGAGGCAAGCAUAGCCCCUGAUGUGCUUGCCACAAUGACACAUAUAGCACAUGCCGAACUUCCCUGGCUGCCCCUACCAAAUUUUGGAACUCAAGAAGAGUCAGACGAAAUCGUUCAAGCGGGACGCCAGCUGCCUGUAGUGAUUCCUUUAUCUGCUGCAAUGGCUGUGACUGCACUUCAUCUACAACUCAGGUACGGGGAGAAGAGUGACGGAUUGGUGAUGUGCCGUGACGCUCAAGUUCCAGGUUCGGUUGUGGUCGCACCGGACAGGAAGCUUGACCAUGCCUGGAUGGUUUAUUCCACAAGGAAAAAGAAUCCUAGUGAUGCUAAUGCCUCAGAAAUGUGUGAGGCCAUUUUAACUCUGCUUGUAGAGCUUGGAAAGUUAAAAGUAAGAGGGAAAAAGCUAGGAAAUUAAUCCAUCCCUCAUACAAUUUGUUUGCUUCCCAUUUGUUUAAUUUGGUUUGUUAAACAAAAUAUUCAAAAGCAAUCAGUUGCAGAAUCUCAUUCAAAUGGAAGAAUGAAUUCAUAAGGCCCAAAA